AGUCAAGUUUGUUUCCCCAAAACAAAAUCAAGAGAAAGUUUGGACUGUUCAUUUCUUAUCUGUCCUUGUCCUUUAUUUCCCUUUUUAUCCCAAUUUUAUUUACAUUUAUUUAUAUUCUCUGUAUUUUUAUUUAUUUAUUCCAGUUUUUAUCUUCGGGGUCAAAUCCUGCAAACUCUCCGUCACCUGAACUCACUUUAUCCAAAAAUAAAUAACUAAUCCAUCCAGUUUUCUUCCAGUUAUCUGGGCUCCGGCCGCAGGAUGCCCAAAAUAAAUUGUUCCUGGUCCAGCGGGAUCGGGUACUUUGUCGUUUUUUUUCCAAUAAUAAAGUGAGUUUGAGUAAUGGACAGGAUUUGAAUGUGUUUUGGGGAAAACAAAGUCAUUUUUGUUUUUUUCAGAGAACAAGACCAGUUCCCUUUGUAGGGAAAAGGAAAAUUACAUUUUCUGCCUCAGUUUGGACACUAGGGGGCAGCAGAGGGAAAGAUGAGCUGCAGUGUAAUAACCAUUAACCAUUACAUGUUCCUGAUGUCAAAAUAAUCUGGUUUCUGGAAGAAGAUCGGAGCCUCGUUAAAAAAUUCUGUUGUGUUUAAGGUCGCCUUUAAAAGUAAGUAAAUAAUAGACCAGAAUGUAUUUUAUCAGUAGCAGGAAACAGAAAUAGGUAAAGUACCUAAAGUUUGAACUGAAAGUACAUAGAUUCUCUGUCGUGCUUUUAUUUCGUAGGAUCAGACAGGAUGCAGCGCGUUCAUCUCAUCCGCUGUCUCCUCCCGCGUGCUGACGGACGUCUCCCGCGUCAAAUCCCGGCUUGAGGUUGCCCUAGCAACUCAGCGGAUGGACCAAUCACUCGGAUGCCUCCCCCUCCUCACCUCACCACUCCCUCCAUCCCCACGCGCGACACCGCCUCCGCUGGAGCAGGGAGGCGGAGGGAGGAUCCGUGAGCUCGUCUUCUUCAGUCCUGGAGUCCGGGAGCAGAACUUGGACCGUCAGCGGAGGAUUUUUUAACCUUCGUGCGUAAAAGCGCGGCGCGUCCCGUGCGCGCUGAUGGCACAGAGCGCGCGCGGUUCGGCGGAACCCGGUCCUCUGACAGUUGUCGGUGUCGCUGGUUCACGCUUGACACUUGUAGAUCUCCUGGACUCGAUCUGAACCCGGAGACCAGCCUGCUACAUGUAAGUACGCGCAGAGUCCGGAUCGUGGACUUCUGUAACCACCGCGGAUUUAUUUCCUCGGACUUUACGCGUCUCCGAUCCUCUCGCUUUGGACCGGGACGGAGGAGAUAGGUGAGGCUCUCUGCUGCCGGGUCUCGUCUCAUGAUGGGACACGGCAGCUGUCAUCAGGCGCGAGGAUGAGCCACAGAACGAGCCCGGCCCGGGCGUACGACUUUCUGCUCAAGUUCCUGCUGGUGGGCGACAGCGACGUCGGGAAGGGCGAGAUCCUGGCGAGUCUGCAGGACGGAGCCAGCGAGUCCCCGUACGGAUACAACAUGGGAAUCGACUACAAGACGACCACCAUCCUCCUCGAUGGGAGAAGAGUCAAGCUGCAGCUGUGGGACACGUCUGGUCAGGGACGAUUCUGCACCAUAUUCAGAUCCUAUUCCAGAGGAGCACAGGGAGUUAUUCUGGUGUACGACAUCGCCAACCGCUGGUCCUUUGAUGGAAUUGACAGGUGGAUCAAAGAGAUAGACGAGCAUGCCCCAGGUGUGCCUAAGAUCCUGGUGGGGAACCGUCUCCACCUGGCCUACAAGCGUCAGGUGACCACGGAGCAGGCGCAGGUGUAUGCAGAGAAGCUGGGCAUCACCUUCUUUGAGGUCAGCCCACUCUGUAACUUCAACAUCACUGAGUCGUUCACCGAACUCGCCCGAAUCGUCCUGAUGAGACAUGGCAUGGAGCGUCUGUGGAGGCCCAACAAAGUCUUGAGUCUUCAGGACCUCUGCUGUCGCUCCAUCGUCUCCUGCACCCCAGUCCACCUGGUUGAUAAACUCCCCCUUCCACUGGCUCUCAAGUCCCACCUGAAGUCCUUCUCCAUGGCCAACGGCCUCAAUGCCCGCAUGAUGCACGGACGCUCCUACUCUGUCACUGCCAAUGCCGCACACCACGGCGCCACCAAGAGGACCGGAGGGACGCUGCUGAAAAAACCCAAACUGAUCCGACCGCCGCCCCUCAGCCCGUCUGCACAGAGCUGCAGAAACAGCUGCAAAAUAUCCUAACAGCUGGACACCACAGACUGGGUGUCAGUAAACGCAUCACCGCCUACUUUCAAAAUGUAAGAGAUUCAUGACACCAGUUUGUUUUUUAAAGGCUGAGAGGAUGGUGACCAGGUUUGACCCUCUGCUGCAGAGAAAGAGGAAGUGGAAAUCAAAAUAAAAGUUGUCAGCAGUUUGACUUUGCUCACAGGCACACAGAGAGCUGAAGGCCUGCCACUUUUCAGCCUCUGUUCAUUAGUCUCAACCAGGAAAAUCAUUUUUUCACAGAGGGUCUCUUCUAUCAGUCUUUUUUAAAAAGCUCAAAUGUGAUACUUGAGUUAAGAGGUCUACAGAGGUUCAAAAUGAUGCACCUGAUCUGAUGGACCUGUGAAAAACUGUGCAUACCGACUUUGGUGGUGGGACAGGAGGUGUCCAACAUAGCUAUGUCAAAGCUAUGUCCAGGUGCUUAAGUAUUUAGUUCAUGUUGCAGAGUCUGUCUCUGAAUCCUGUUCUAAACUUCAGCCACAACGGACAAAAAACUACAGAACAAUUCACAAAAUAUCAUAGAAAAACAUCAAAUACAGCUUAGCACCUACAGAGACAGUUGUAGACAGUAGCAGUACUGGAUGUGUAGUUUUUAAUGGACAGGUUAUGUUAUACUGGUUACAGCAGCUACUGAGCCAGUCAAAACGAACCUUUUAUAAAACCAGUCACAGUCAAAACCUAAAGGAGACUGUCAGGACACCAGGAGUUUAAUGAAGGAAUGGAUAUAGUUUAGCUCAAAGUUAAAACUCUGCUUUAUCUAUUAUUAGAGUAAAAUUUGGGAAUUAACAGUAAAUAAAUUUUCCAAGAAGAAAUCCCUGACCAGACCUGACUGGACUAAAUUUGGACCCUGUCAGACUCAGUUCCUGAACUACUGCUCCCUGAGUUUUUGAUGGUGUUCCUGUGGCUAAAACCUGAAACACAUCAAAUCUGUAGUUUGGGCUCAGUCCCAAAUCAAGGUCCACUUAUAACCAUUACAAGCCCCUGAAAAAGUCAGUAAGUAGACCUUGAGUCCUUUGAUGAUCGUGGCUGCUGUUUUUUCUUUGUUAGAGUAACGUGUUCAGAUUUUAUUUUUCAGGUGCAGCAAUGGACAGAAAACCUCAGUGUCUGGUUUGAGCUUCUCCAGAAAGGUGAAUAAAGAAACCCUCUGCAAGAAAUCACUGCUGCAGAUGAGUGGGAAGUCGAAGUCGAAGGUUUGUCGAAAACUGUUAAUGAAUUUUGUAUGGACAAAAACAAAUCCACCUGAAAGCUGUUUGGUGAUGUACAUUGCAUUUCUGCGUCUGUUUAGUUGUACCAUGUGUUUUCGUUUCUCGUGUGGAAACACAGAAGACACAAUGUCGAAUGUUGAAAUUAAAGAGCAACUUUGUGUUUCUCCAGCCACCAUUUUGAAUCCAACGUAUUAAAGCCACUGUUGGAAAAACAAAUUUAAGAUUUUGAGAAAAAAUUCAUAAUGUUAUGGCAAAUUUCUCAAAUUUUCUAAAUAAAAACAACAAUUUCUCACAGACUUGCCACUUUAUUUUAAAAAUAUUACAACUUUAUUCAUGAAAUAUUGCAACUUAAUUCUCAAAAAAGUAUGACUUUACUCUCUAAAUAUCACAACUUUAUUCUCUAAAUAUUAUGACUUUUUUCCAAAAAAAAAGCAACUUUUCUCUCAAAAUAUAACAACUUUAUUAAAACAUUGGCAGUCAAGUCAACAUUUUUUCACAGAAUUGCACAUUAUGACUUUUUUCCUUCAAAUAUUUCAAUUUUAUUCACAAUUUUUUUCUCCUAACAGUGGCCUUAGUACUCUGUCAUACUUAAGAGACAAAGAAACAUGGACAGCAGUUUCUCCAUCCAGAGGAGCUGGAAUUGGACUUCUUAAACCGCCUGUUUAGACUGAAAUAAACAUUUGACCCUUGUUUAUGGUUUGUCCCAAGACAUUUAUAAGGAAUCACAAACUGAAGAAGAAGAAAUCAGAAAAUCAAAAUACAGCACUUCAUCACUAAAUACCUGCAGGAAGCCACAGAUCCUCACAGACUGAUCUUAUUAUUGAUGUUUAACUAACUGAAGGCGGAAUUUUCUUUUAACAGCGAAUUAUCGUGUUCACAGUCUCGCUGCUUCUUCCUCAGGAUGUUUUCUACAAAAAUGAACACAUGGACAAUGACACAGACACACUUAUUUGUAUAUACAAGCACUAUGGACGCUGUAUUUUUGCACAAUGUUAAUACACUUAAAUCUCUGUGUCUGAGAUGAAACGUAUUCUUCUUCAUGGCCUGUUUUCACACCAAACUACCAGAUGAAACACACUAACAGCUGCGAUAUGUGUACAACAUUUGUACGUGUUGUAAAUAUGACUGUUUGAUACGGUGAUGAUGUAGAACCUGUAGGGUUUGAACCUGUUAUCAGUGUAAAUUGAGUGACACCUGCACCAAAGACUCACCUGCCGCUGACAAAGGAAGUCACUGAACAGGAAGCUCUGUUUUGCACUGUUGAUUAAUGUUUAAUAAGAUGCACCUUUACAAUAAACUUUACUUAAGUGUC